AUGUCCGAAAAGUAUCUCCGUCAGCAAAAUCUGGUGCUCCUUCCACCGGAACAACCCAAGUACACUACGCGCGAUUGGGAUGCAAACAACCGCCGGCAGAAUCUGUUCUCUCUCGAGCAGCAAGCUUUGGCCGAUCGUGUAAUAAGCGAAAGUGAUCGCAUCAUCGACGAAACGAAGCAUACCACGGAAGAGAGCAAGAGUGAGGUGGACUUCCGGCUAAAGGAACGUAUCGAGGACAUCCAGUUCCGGCGCGAUGAGUUGCAGCAGCAGAAAAAGGAUGCUCACAUCGAGGAGGAAGCGUUGAAGGUGUACAAAAGGCGUACGAUCGAUGCGAUCAACACGCUGCGGGAGAUUGCGGUUCCAUUGUGCCAGAAAUGUAUCGUUUUGCGGGAAAAGCGCCAGGGAGUGGAUUUGGUGAACGACGGUGUUGAUAGAGAGCUGCGCAAGGAGCUGGACGUGACGGAGGGUGGCAUUGCGUUGCUGGAAAAGGUGUUGGAGCAGUGUGUGGAGCAGAUCCGUCGGCUAAGGGCAACCAUCUACCUGCUCGAUCGCGAUCUGGCCGACAAGGAUAGGUCGAUAAAGAUUGAUGCGAAAAAUCUGGAACUUCGUCCGAAUCAGAUGGAGCUGAAGAUUUACGCCGGAAGAGUACCGUUGGAUCCUUACAAUUCAACAGAUGAAGAGUGGAUCAUGGUAACGAACAAGAACAUUGCGGCCACAGCAAAGGAAAUCAAUUCCGCCCAACCAUUGCGCUCUUACGUCGAUCAGCUGUUGCGCCAGGUAGCGGAAGACAUCCGGACACAGGUCGAGCGUACGAAUGCCGCCUUCCGGGAGCGGGUGGCCGAGAUGCGCUACACCAAGAUCAAGCUCGAAAACGUCCACAAGGAAACGGUACGGCAGGUGAACGAGCUAACACGCACCGUAACGCGGCUCGAGCGAGAAAUUGCCGAAAAGGAAGGUUAUGUGGCGCUCGCCCAAACCCGUCUCGCCAAUCGAUCGCAGCGUCCCGGUAUCGAACUGUGUCGGGACAAUGUGUACGAAGGUUUAAAGCAGGAACUGGUAGCACUGCGUGAAACGAUUGCCAAGCUGGAUGGAAGUUUGGUCAAAUCAAAGGCAACCUUACGCUAUCUGCUCAACACGCAGGUUAUGCAGGAGGAGGAAAUUAAUCUCAAAACGGAAUCGCUCCGGAUCGACGAGGUGGACUGCAUUACCAUGCGGGAAAGUCUUAAAUUUCAAUCGUUUUAA